ACGUUUCGAUUUGCAUAGUAUAUACAAGAGGAAAAUGUCAGACUAUUCCAGCUACAGCAACUGCAGUGGCAACUCCCAGAGGAGAGAGCAAUCCGUGAGCUAUGCCCUCUACCUCCACCGUAGGGAGUUGGGUCGUCCCAGGCGCAAGAUGAUGCGAAUCGCUAGCACCAAGUUGCAGCUGACAAACGAGCUCAUCCAGCUGCAGCAGCGUCGCCAAUGGGAGUCGGCCUUUGAACUCGAGUUCGACGCGGAGGCCAGUUCCCAGCAGAUGAGUGCCCUCGAUAGGGAACGGGAAUAUAGGGACAGAUUGCGAACCAAUAUGCAGCGGCAACUCGAGAAGCAGCAGAAACGCAAGCGAAAGUAUCUCGAGGAAAUCGGCAAGCUGUAGUGCUGACAACUACGAGCAUAAUGCGGAAGGCAAUAAUUAAUUAAUUAAUUGAGCACCAUAUUAAGUAAAUUAAAGAGUAAUGAUAACUCUUAUUGACAAACUAGAAAAUCAAGAUUUUCAAGCUAUAGGUUUAUUAUUUCUGACUAAGGAAAGCAGGAACGUGAAACAGGGAACUCAGAAAAAGAUUUUGUGAUAUAAAAAGACAACUUUUACCAACAUUUACAAAUAUUAUUUAGUUUUACGGCAUUACAGCCUUAUAUGAAUUAUUAUAUAAAUCUAGCAUUAGAACAGAAG